CGCAAUAUUGUUACGGUAAUGUUUGUAUUUUGGGCUUUUGGAGCUGUUUCAGAACAAAUGGUUAUUGGUUACAUUGGAUCAGAAUUAAUUUAUUUGACAGAAAAUAUGAGUACAACAUUUUAUUCUUGUAAUUGGGAAACUGUACUUUUAAAUUCAAAUAUUUCAAAUAAAGUUAAAAAAUCACUAAUUUUACAUAUAUACACAAUUAUGUUAGCAUCAACAAAGCCCAUCACAAUUACUGGAUUAAAUUUCUUUGAUUUGUCAAUUGUGACUGCAUUCAAUAAUGUGAGGACUGCAAUUUCUUAUUUCAUGUUUCUGCAUACCAUGAAAAAUGCAUCUGCAAAUUAAAGAAGAAAUUAAGAUUGUCCCAGCAAGAAAUUAAAAUUUU